GUCUCAAGACAGGGUGUCCAGGAUCGUGGUGUGAAAAUGAGGCAGGUCACCAGCUGUUGACUGACCACGCUCGACAAAUGGGACAAAGAUGUUGGCGAAAGAAAACAGAAAGUUUAACGACAAUAAACACGUCAACUCAAGAGGAGACGUCUGACGCACCCACGACGACCCAAGGAAGAUCCACUGAGGAGGUCACAACCACAUUUCAAAGUACAUCGGUAAGCCCACUACCGACGCAAUAUGAUCAGACAACAGCCACCCAGGUUCCAGGCAACCUCGUCACCAAAAUACUGAUAACCGAUGCACAGAAAAAGAUAUAUCUGGCAGAUCUAUCGACCUUCACUUUCCAACUUCAUAUAUCUCUUCAAGGUGAACCGUGGGAUAUUGAUUUUGAUGAAACGGGACAAAAGAUCUACUGGACUGAUAUAUCAGAUAAUGGCUUAUGGCGUGCAGACAUCGAUGGUUCCAAUGCCGUGAGGAUAAGGACAAGCACAUAUGAUGGCCCUAAAGGCUUAGCUAUAUCCCAAACAUCUCGUCAGGCUUUUUGUGCGUAUGAUGGUAGCCAUGUCGUAACUGCUACCGACCUCAAUAGCCCAGGCUCUGAGAUGGUAAUUAUAAAUCCUACAGGGAACAAUCCCAGGGCUAUCGUAGUUGACGACGAGCAAAACGUCAUUUAUUGGACACGUGACAAAGGUAUAGACAAGGCAGGGAAGGACGGCAGCAGCAAGGCAGAAGUAUACAACAAUGAAGAUCUUUCAGAUAUAGACGGACUCUCCGUUGAUGUUUCAGGUCAAAGACUCUUGUUUUCCGACAGUGGAAGGAAAAAGGUAUUUAUCUUGAACUUGAAUACGAACUCAGUUACCGAACUAACAAGUUCAUAUGAGCCCAGUGAUAUCGCCUUCUUCAACCAAAAAUUAUAUUUAUUGAAUAUCAACCCGACGGCUAUUUAUGAAGUCAACCAUUUGGAUGCAUCCCCGACUUUUGUAGAGCAUGUGGCAUCCACAUACACGGCGCCACGCCGCAUGCACAUUCAAACUGUCAUCAUGCCAAAUUUAGAUGGGAUGGAGGAGGGGGAGGAGGAGUCAGAAGAAGAAGAUGAUUAACCGACAGCAUUUACGUCAGAAUAAGACUUUUAAAACUGCUAUAUAUGAUAUGGUUAUCAAAAACAGCUACUUAAAACCAAUAACGCAAUCACUCUUCACAUUCGAUACUAGCGACACUGUAUCAUGUUUCAUGGUACAUUGGUAACUGUAGCAUAGAUUUGUAACAAAAACCAUGUGGUAUGUAAUCUUUGAUAAUAUUUGUUAAAGAACUUAAUGAUUGGCCAAUUUAUUUUUGGCGCCACGUAGAUAUUAUCGAAGCUUAAAUAAUAACCGAUUUUGUACUUAACAUUAUUCCCCUUGUCAGUCACAUAGGUCACAAAUAAGAAUGACUUUUUCAUACUGUAGAAUGACACAAGUCUUUGAAAGGAAUGCGACAAAGUUUCUUACAAUUUCUUUUCAAAAUGAUAUGUAUUAUUUAGAUCAAGUUCGAGCUACAUGUAAAACUAUGAAAGGUUUUCAUUUCAAAGAAAAAAAAAUGGAAAUAAGGUAUACAGGUAUAUUAUCAUUCAUUAAUUCACUAUUCGUGAACUGGCGUUUUACUACAUAUUACUGCUUCAUAACCUCCACAAUUAAACAAAAAGAUAAAGUUAUAUUGUAAAGGAAAGACAUUAAUUUUCAUGAAAUUUGUCAAGUACAGAAACCUGCAUUAUAAUUCAUGAUAUAGUGGAUUAACUAUGUUUAGGGACUUGCCCUUAUACAAGCUCUCUUUAAUAAUUUGUAAUGAAAUGUAAUUGAACUGUAUGUAUUAUUUUGAACAUGUACUUGUACUGUUACUUCGAUUAAAUUAUUUUGUUGAACAAAAUAAAUCUAAUCUGCUC